AUGCAUUUGAGCAGGUUUGGGCUCGUUGCCCUUGGAGCAGCUGCUGUAAAUGCUUUCAGAGAUACAUCGCCUUUUUUCCUCGCUUCCACCUCCGAGAUCCUGACGAACUCCGCCUACAUCCAGACAGGUGCCUCUGUUCUCGAAAGUCUUGACUCAUCGCUCAGUAGCUGCCCAUCAGACUACUAUGUCGUCGUUUACCAGCCUGGUGCACACGCCUCCGACUUCUCGACGCGCAAGUCGGCACCCCGCUUAGGUGCAAAGAUGCUCGGCAAGGACAGCUCGAUCCGCUCUAAGAUGAGUGUCAACGAAGUGUCUGGCUUGGUGGAACCAAAGCAAGUCAAGAACAUUCUUGAGACGAAGUGCAAGGCCAAGACUACUACCAUUAAUGGAUCAUAUGGCUUCCUUUCUGAUGUUGUCGAUCGCCUUCCCUCCUCCAAGUAUACAAUUCUCUACAUUACUUCUCCGAGGGAAUUCCCCGAGACCGACUCUGUGAUCUACGAAACGUCUGAGGGCUCAUACCAGGACGCACUUCACAUGGAAAUGAAGCGUGACUUCUCUGCAUCUGGCAGCCAAACAAGCUCAUCCAACAAUUCGACCUCUCUAUUUGAAGAAUAUCAGUACUUCACUCCAGGUAUCUUCAUGGGCCUCAUGGCUACCUUCCUGUUCUUGAUCAUUCUGUACAUUGGUAUCGGUGCCUUGAGCAGCCUCCAGAUUCCCUAUGCCGCAUUCGAGAAGGAUGAAUCGGCUACUGUGCUAAAGAAGCAGCAAUAA